AUGAUGAUAUUUUCUUCCAUGCUAUACUUCGCCGCCAGUGUGGCGGCGUUGACACUCAACAUCGCUUCGUCCGGCGGCAAUCAGUCCAGUUCUCUUCUGUAUGGGUUCUUGUACGAGGACAUCUACCACUCCGGUGAUGGCGGUCUCUAUGGGGAGAUGCUCCGGAACCGAGGUUUCCAAGGAUCCUCGUCCAAUGGAGUCGCCAGUCUACUUCGCAGCACAGAUUACUGGCAUCCAGUGGGCGGAGUCUCGUUGGCCAUCGACACAUCGUCUCCCACGGUGUCGUCCAGCCUCCCCUACCAGAUGAGGAUGGACGUGCCUGCAGGCACGACGGGGACUGUAGGAUUCUACAACGAAGGCUUCUGGGGCUUCGACGUGGACGCGACCAAGCGUUACAUUGCCAGUUUCUACAUGCGCGGCAAUUAUUCCGGUACCGUCGACUGCUACUUCCACAGCAACACGACGGGACAAGUCCUCGGGUCAACGAGCGUGAGCAUCGACCAGACAUCUUCCAAAGGAUGGGUGCAAAGCUACUCGGCCACAUUCCAGCCGGGACACACGGGGUCUGAUGCCAACAAUACCUUUUACUUCACCUUCGACGGGUCGCAGCUGGCGGGACAGUCGGUGUAUUUCAACGUGUUGAGUGUGUUCAAGCAGACAUUCGACAACCGCUACAACGGCGUGCGCCAGGAUCUGGCCGACGCACUACACAACAUGAAUGGGAAAUACAUACGGCUGCCCGGCGGUAAUAAUAUGGAAGGUAUCGGCGCCCCUUAUUACUGGAAAUGGAACGAAACCAUCGGCCCUCUCACGGGUCGUCCAGGGCGUCCGGGCACUUGGGGGGAUAUUAAUACUGAUGGGUUUGGCCUCUUGGAAAUGAUGCAGAUGGCGGGUGAUCUCGGCCUCGAGGUGAUUCUGGGCAUCUGGGCUGGGCUGUACCUGGAUGGAGAUGUCGUUUCCGAUGCAAACAUCCAGCCGUAUGUGGAUUCGGUCAUGAAUGAGCUGGAGUUUCUGCUGGGAAAUGCGUCGACUACGUACGGGGCACAACGAGCAGCCCUAGGAUUCCCUUCGCCCUUCACUAUCAACUGGAUCGAGAUCGGCAAUGAAGACUACCUCAACGGCGGAGACAGUUCCUACUACGCGUACCGAUUCAUGGCCUUCUACAACGCCAUCCACGCGGCCUAUCCGUCCAUUAAUCUCGUAUCGACCAUCAACCCAAACCCCGUCACAACCGCCGGCAGCUCGCUAGACUUGCACAUCUACGGCAACGAGCACUACUUCGUUUCCCUGUUCAACACCUUCGACCAGGCCAGCCGCCAAUACCCCGUGUUCGUCAAUGAGUACGCAGCCACCAACACCGGCUCCAACAGUAAGGGUCAGGUCGGAGCUCAGACGCUGGGCAUGUCUUGCGCCGAAGCCAUCUUCCUCCUGGGCUGCGAGCGCAACUCAGACAUCAUCCUCGGCUCCGCCUACGGCGCCAUGAUCAAGAACUUCAACGAAGCGCCCGACACUGUCGCCCUCAUCAAACACACCGCCAACGAGGUCCUCUAUACCAUCAGCUACUACCUCCAGAAGCUGUUCGCUGACAACAUGGGCACAAAGACCCUACCCGUCACUGCCGUAGGUGCAGGAUUCGGCCCCGUCUACUGGUCUGCAACAGCCAACAGCUCUUCCACCAUCCUGAAGCUCGUCAAUUAUAACGGGAACACUGGAUCGUCUAACGCUGUGCAGGUCAUUGUUGAAGGGUCGUCAAAGACCACCGCCACAUUGAUCUCCUUGACUGCUCCAAAUUCCACGAGUGUCAAUAACUUGCCGUCCUUGGGGGGUGAAGCCAGCACCAUCACCACCACAACAUUGACUGGAUCUGCUGGCCACUUCUCCGUCGCCUUCACUGGCUCUUAUGAGAUUGUAGUUUUGGUUGUCUAG